AUGUCGGUCAGUUAUACAGAAAUACUUGAUGAUCUCAUCACCUUAGGCCCAGCCACAGAUCCUGUAACCCCACCUUAUACCACUACUGAUGACUUAGCGACUUGCGUAACUCUUGCAUUUGUCCAACUGAAAAAGGCUAACCAACUUAGGAACAGAAUUCACGUACUCACCUAUGGUUAUUAUUUAGGAAUGGUUUAUGCAAACAUGACCCCUGAUCAAGUAACCCACCUAAAGAAGCUUACAACAAACUAUUAUUAUCUGACCUCCAUGCGAGUUUACGAUAUCUUCAGUAAAUAUGAGCUCGAACAAAUCUACUGCACUCAAAGAAUAAAAUUUAGGGACAUUCACCUAUUGAAUACCGAGGAUAUACGACG